UGGAAACUGUAGAUGGAGACGGUAACGAAGAUGAGAUUUCAAAGCUGUUUUUUCUUCCUAGUUACGAUGUAUUCAGGCAAACUCUGUGCAGAAGUUCCCUUCCUUCAGCAAGUUUAACUCCUGUGUUGCCCCUGGCGGUCUGUCCUGCUGUUGUGAUGACACUUGCUGAAUGAGGAGCUGUGCCAUAGUGCAUCUUGACCCUGUGGCCACUGGAUUUUAGAGCAGGCAUCGAUGUGCCUAUGCAGCGAAGGGUGCUCGUGCUCACAUCUUCUGGGCUACAUAGACAGUCAAAUAAAAGUGUCCUGCAGCAGUUUUGCCCAACUCGCAUUAGGAAGUUUCAUUCUACAGCUGAUGUUCCUGUGAACCUAAAGAACAAAAGCUGAUGGAAUUGUAACAUACCUUAAUUUCAGUGAGUCUCACAAGACCCUUCGUGCUUAUAAACCUUGUGAUUUGCCACGCAUAGAAAAUGGAGAGAUUGCCCAGUACUAUUAUAAUUUCAAAAGCUACUAUUUCCCUAUGCGCAAGGAAAAAAAACUUUCCUAUUCUUGUAUGGCUGGUUACACAACUGAAACUGGGACCCAAGAUGGCAGAAUAACUUGUACAGCAAAAGGCUGGUCUCCGGUGCCCCAAUGCUACAAAAAAUGUAACAAGCCUCUUCUGGAAAAUGGCUUUUUUUACGGUACAGAAACAUACUUCAAAAUACAGGAGAAACUGCAAUACAAAUGUAAUCCAGGCUACCACACUCCAAGUGGUGGCACUGAGGACAUGGUGCAAUGUCGGCCAGAAGGAUGGUCCUCCCGGCCAAGCUGCAUCAGAAAAAUUGAGUCGUGUCAGGUACCCAAUUUACAUCACGGCAGCUACUUCACAGCCCGACAAGAGCUUCGAGUGAAUGAAACGCUGCUGUACAAAUGUGACGAGGGGUAUCACACUGCGGGAGGAAACACGACAGAAGCAGCAGUGUGUCUAGCGCAUGGGUGGUCCCUCACUCCAAACUGCACUAAAAUAACUUGCUCCUCUUUGAGUGCAAUAGCACAUGGAGGUUUCUAUCCUGUGAAGAAAGUCUAUGAAGAGGGAGAUGUAGUUCACUUUUUCUGUGAGGAAAAUUAUUCUGUCAGUGAAUUUGACCUAAUUCAAUGUUAUUAUUUUGGAUGGCACCCUGACCCUCCAGUGUGUGAAGAUGUAAAAAAUAAAUGCCCUCCACCACCGCUUCCUCCUCAUGCCCACAUCAUCACACUUAGAAGAACACAUCAUAAUGGAGACAAAGUUCAUAUACGGUGUCAAAGUAGCUUUGAAAUAAGAGGAUCUGAGGAAAUCCAGUGUGAAGAAGGAAAAUGGACAUCACCCCCUAUUUGUAUUGGAACUAUGGAUAAAGGGGAAUCUGAGGCACCACCAUCACUCGAGGAACAUGCAGCAGUACGGACAAGCAGCACAUAUCAUGAUGAAGACAUGAAAAUGGAGCAAAACUGUCCCUCUCCACCUGUGAUUAAAAAUGGUGGUGUUCUUGGUCCGGUAUUGACAAGUUACAAAAAUGGUUCCUCAGUAGAAUAUGGUUGUCAGCAUUACCAUUCUUUGGAUGGACCUAGUACUGUUUACUGCAAACAAGGAAACUGGACAGAACGACCUACUUGCUUAGAACCAUGCACUCUUCGUGUAACUGAUAUGAACAGCAACAACAUAGAGUUGAAAUGGAGACAGGAAGAAUUAAUUUUCCUACAUGGUGAUCUCGUAGAGUUUGAAUGUAAAGAGGGAUACCGUUUUCUCCAGACUACCCUUCCAUCUCCUGGGAGGACACAGUGUAACCACGGCAGACUGAACUAUCCAAAAUGUGUUAUGCAAGUUCCUGCAGAAAAAUGUGACUCUCCACCUUCUAUUGCGAAUGGUGCUCUCACUCUCCCACCCCUGGCCCAGUAUGACAGUGGUUCUUCAGUGCAGUAUAAUUGCUCUGACUAUCAUUUUUUGCAAGGAUCUGAGAGAAUUUACUGUUCUGGAGGACAGUGGACUUCACCACCAGUUUGUAUAGAGCCAUGUACUUUGUCAAAAAACGAAAUGGAGAAAAAUAACGUGCUGCUGCAAGGGUUCUAUAAGAAUCAAGUUUACUUUUACCAUGGGGAUUAUGUUGGAUUUUACUGUAAAGAGAACCAUUUUGGAGAAGAAUCUGGUACAACUUUAUUUCAAGUGCAGUGUAAGAGAGGACACCUGGCAUAUCCAAGAUGUGUUGAAAGAGGAAAAUAAGUUUGGACUUCGGGAAAGCUUAUAGGAAAGAUAUGUGCGUGUCCUUUUUCUGGUAUUAGCAGCUGAACGAAGAUGGGCUCAUAUUUUCUACGUCACAACAGUCAGCUUUGAGAAACGAUUGUUCAGGGGCAUUGUUUGCUCUGAGAUGAAGGGGGAGGGCAGUGAAAGUGCUUUGUGGUACGAGGACUGGGAACGCAGCAGAAGAAUGCAAUAUUGGCGUGUGCACAGAAAAUUUAAGACAAAGUUUUGUAAGGCUUACGGUGAUAAACUUGAGUGUGCGUCACAAUCUGGAGGACUUGGACAACGGGCCAUGAUGAGAAGAGGCCGAGCAAGUAGCGCCCUGUGUGAUAUUGGUGGUUUUGACAGCGUGAGUGCUUUUGUGACUACAGAAUCUAGCUAAAUGGAGAUUUAAUUUCAUGCCCUUCAUGAUGUUAAACUCUAAUUUUACAGAGAGAAAGGAGAGGCCUAUUUUUUGUACCUCUUAACGCACCCAUGUCUCGCUUCACAGGUAAGAAGCUUCUAAAAGACAAAGCUUGAGGGACACAAAAAAAAGCAAGUAUUUAAAAAAAUUAAAAUAGUGUUUAAUGGAUCUGUGAAACCAUUUAAAACCUAAAAAUAUGAAAAUUCUACUCUGUAGUUAAUUAUUAUUCUUAAAAAAAGAAGUCAAGCACGCACCUUUGUUUUGCUAAUUGAGAGCAUUUAAACUAUUAAAAUAUCUAAUCCAACUAGCUUGUUUGAUUUCCUAUGACACUUAAGCGUUGGCACUCUUGGGGCUCCACCUUUGAAGGUGGUGUGUGACUGAAGAUAUGAAGAAAAUUCAGGAAUACAGACAAUGUUUGCCUUGCACUCAUUUUAGUGUGCUUUAAUAAGAAAGUCACUGUAAGGGUCUCUUCUGUAUUUUGCCUCUAAACUCUGUCUUUCUGUGGGAUCAUUGCAUGUAUGCUGUUCCGUAGGGUUUGCCAUGGCUUCUGUGAGCGCUACAUCAAGAAAUAAACAAAGAAAUCAAAGCACUCAAGAAAUAGACAAAUCAAAACCCAGUCAACCGUUUGUUGGGGAAAAAGGGUUAAUAAAACCUUACAUGCUGUUCCAAAGAUUAAAAGGUCGUUGCUUUGUAAAGCAGCAUUUAAAAAUGAAGAUAAAUAACAAUGAACUUCUGAUGUGUGACGCGUAGAUCUGAACUAGAUGUUCACUAUAGCUUUUAUUUCUAGUUGAUGUUAUUCAUAACGAUUGGAAUAUGAAUUGGAGAGUCUUCCUCAGUUAAGCACUGUAAGACUCUGUUAAAUAAAAUGAUGAGUGAUAAGGUUUGAACCAGUAAAUUUUGGUGUAUUG